AUGAGAAAAACCCUAAUCAAACGUUUCUCUCAAGCCCAUCUUCUUCUUCCUUUUCACAGCCCUCAACCUCCAUGUCCGUACAACAGUGGCAUCUUUCAUCCACAUCUGCGCCCACCACCACAUGCCUCAAAACUGGGCUCGACCUCAACUGUUGGCUCCAAUUCCAGAUGGGUCUUCACUACUCCUAUCCCUCCAGAAUGGGUCGAACCCUUGUACGAUCUCUCCGAUUUGGCUUCAAACCCACAACCCCAACCCUCUCCAUGGGUUAAUCAAAUUCUCAAGCUUCUCGAUGGUUCGGUGAAUAUGGAGUCUAAUUUAGACUCAUAUUGUAGCAAGUUCUUGAUCAAAUUAUCGCCCAACUUCGUCGCAUUUGUCUUGAAGUCAGAUGCCAUACGGGGAAAACCUGAUAUUGCAUUUCGAUUCUUUUGGUGGGCCGGUAAGCAGAAGAAUUAUAUUCACAAGAUUGAGUGCUAUGUGUCUUUGAUUGAUGUUUUGUCCCUGUCCAGUGAUUUUGACAGGGUUCGAUGUAUAUUUGGUGAAUUUAAAGAAAAAGGGUUUUUGAUGACAGUUUUUGCCGCAAAUUCCUUGAUUAGGAGUUUUGGGGCUCUUGGAAUGGUGGAAGAAUUGUUAUGGGUGUGGCGGAGAAUGAAGGAGAGCGGAAUUGAGCCAAGUUUGUAUACUUUUAACUUUUUGUUGAAUGGGUUAGUGAAUUCAAUGUUUAUUGAAUCAGCUGAGCGGGUUUUUGAGGUUAUGGAAUGUGGGAAAAUUGGACCAGAUGUUGUUUCCUAUAAUACGAUGAUUAAAGGGUAUUGUAAGGCAGGGAAUACCAAGAAAGCAAUGGAGAAGUUUACAGAUAUGGAAAAGAGAAAUUUGGAACCUGAUAAGAUUACUUAUUUGACUUUGAUUCAAGCAUGUUAUUCAGAAGGGAAUUUUGAUUCUUGUUUGCAUCUUUACCAGGAGAUGGAAGAGAGGGGAUUGGAAAUUCCACCUCAUGCAUAUAGUUUAGUGAUUGGAGGGCUUUGUAAAGAUGGGAGAACUGUGGAAGGGUCUUCUGUUUUUGAAAAUAUGAAUAAGAAAGGCUGUAAGGCUAAUGUGGCUAUUUAUACUGCUUUAAUUGAUGCAUAUGGAAAGAAUGGGAAUGUGAAUGAGGCAAUAAAUCUAUUUGAGAGAAUGAAGGGUGAAGGGUUUGAACCUGAUGAUGUUACGUAUGGGGUUAUUGUUAAUGGUCUGUGCAAAAGUGGGAGACUGGAUGAGGCUGUAGAGUAUUUUGAAUUUUGUAAAGACAAUGAAGUGGCAGUCAAUGCCAUGUUUUAUUCCAGUCUUAUUGAUGGUCUUGGUAAGGCUGGGCGAGUGGAUGAAGCUGAGAAAUUUUUUGAAGAGAUGGUUGAGAGGGGGUGUCCGCAGGAUUCAUAUUGCUACAAUGCACUAAUUGAUGCCCUUGCUAAGUCUGGGAAGAUGGAAGAAGCAUUAGUGCUCUUUAAGAGAAUGGAAAAGGAAGGUUGUGAUCAGACAGUAUAUACAUACACAAUACUCAUUAGUGGACUAUUUAAGGAACAUAGAAAUGAGGAGGCAUUGAAAUUGUGGGAUCUGAUGAUUGAUAAGGGUAUCACACCAACCACAGCUUCUUUUAGAGCUCUUUCAGUUGGGCUCUGUCUUUCAGGCAAAGUUGCUAGAGCCUGUAAAAUUUUGGAUGAGCUAGCACCAAUGGGAGUCAUUCCAGAAACAGCUUUUGAGGACAUGAUCAAUGUGCUGUGCAAAGCAGGCCGUACUGAGCAGGCUUGUAAGUUGGCUGAUGGAAUUGUUGAUAGGGGUCGAGAAGUGCCAGGAAGAGUCCGUACUAUUCUAAUCAAUGCCUUGAGGAAGGCAGGGAAUGCCGAUUUGGCCAUGAAGUUGAUGCACAGUAAGAUUGGUAUUGGAUAUGAUAGAAUGGGCAGCAUUAAAAGGCGAGUGAAGUUCCGGGUUCUUGUUGACAGUUAGUCUUCAGCCAGAUUUUUGGGCCUAAUAUCAGUGAAUCAAUUUGGUUUGGCUAUACAUUUUAAAGAUAGACUCAUAUUGUUUUCCAUAUAACCUUCAGGGCUGAUGGCGCCUGCACUUCAUCCUUGCCCUUUGUGAUUCACUUAUGAAGAAGUUCUAACAUAACUACCCUGAAAUGGUAAACACUCAUCGAGGUUUAUCACUUAUCUUUUGAUCAGCUUAGUUGUCGGACAAGUUUGAUCAAGUUCUGGGCAGAAGAUCUUGGAACCUACAGAUUUCAAUGCAGACGCAACUUGAGCUACAUUUCAAUGCAGUUGCAACUUGAGCCAUUUGAUAUAUCCAUGUGACAAUAUUGAAUGUAAACAUGAUGUACCAUCAGUUUCCAAGGAAUAGUUUGCUUCAGCUAAUUACUGGUAUUUACUUGACAAUAAUUUUAGGAAUGGAUUUCCAACUGGUUCUAUUGUAUUUUAUCUGGAGUAUACAAGAAAACCUCUUAUUUAUUGUACCGUUUCUGUUAUGGAAUAGACUGAAGAUUGCUGGUGCAUUUUUGACC